CAGCAUCGUGAAGCGCGAAUAGUCCUGAAGCUGUACGACCGAAACCCAAUUGUCGACAUUGUGCAGUAUUGCUGGUUUGAAGGCCCAGUGCCUCGCUUUCUGCGAAGCCCCCCAAAAGAUGGCAAGCCCAGCCAUCAGACCGUCGGCGGCCUGCUUGCGGUUUCUUCGUUUACAAACCAUGAACUCUCCCUCCCUGGUCCUUUCCUCCACCAGGUCGCACCUGAGACCACAGCUGCCUGUGACGGCACGCCCGACGCAAGAUCUCUCACGAUGCGGCCGAACGUUUUCCACGAUCCCCGCCAGACAAGAUUGGCUCACUCCCAAGAGACCUGAGAAGAGAAAAUCCAUGGUAGGCAGGCCUCGCAUGCCCACAGGCGGAUCGAUGCGCGGAACAACUGUCGUAUGGGGAGAUUACGGCCUGCGGAUGAGAGACCACGACCGAAGAGUGUCGGCAAAGCAACUGCGCACCGGCGAACAGACCAUCCACCAGAGAUUACGAGGCGAACGAUACAAGCUGUACAAGCGAGUCAGCGCCAACAUCGGCGUCUACACAAAAGGAAACGACGUGCGUAUGGGUAAGGGAAAGGGCAAGUUUGAUUACUGGGCGGCUCGAAUUCCUGUUAGCAGAAUCGUCUUCGAGCUCAAGGGAAAUAUUCACGAACAAGUCGUGCGAGACGCCUUUAGAUUGGCUGGAAACAAACUACCCGGGUUGUACGAAUUCGUCAAAAAGGGCGAUCCACCGGUGGUGGGAAUCACAAAGUUGGGCAAGGGAGUGACCCUCGAGUCGCUGAAAGAAGCCAAGAGACCAGUUGAACCAAAGGACAAGGUACCAGAACAACCUGUUACUCCUCCUAUGGCGGAUGGGCCUCCCCAGUCAGUCUCUACCGACUUCGACAAGCCACCAACGACCGUCCAUGUUUCGCCAUGAUAUGUGCUUAUAAUACAAGAUCCUCACCACUUCGAUGCAUUUUCAGGCGCCAACACCAGAACCGGGGCCGUAACCUUGCUUCGGUCGCGAGUCUGGUUGUUUGCUGCUCUGAUCUGGUGUACCACCGAAACCACCUUCUUGACCAGCGGAGCCAAUCGAAGAAUUUGUCUUCCCUCCUACACCGAAUUCCGAGAUGUUUUGGCCAUAUCGAAUAUUGUCGGCUGUCUUUUGUGCACGGUCAUCCGAUAUCGAGGCUUCUUCAGAGGUAUUUGGACCAGCUGCACGUAAUUUACGUCAGUCACAAGAAAUCCGAUUCGAGGGCAGCGUCUCACGUACAGCCGAGCUGGCCUCUCUGCUUUGAGGUCGGGAGCGUUUGUGUCUUGAUGGACUCGUAUCUACCCCAUUCGUGUCAGCGUGUACUGAGUAUAGAGGGAUAGUGGUAGAAAUAUACUGCGGAGUUUCGCCUCCUGGCACUGUAUCCAUAGUUUUAUCGGCGGAAUCUGAGCUGCUCAUUUUGUAAUUCUUGAAGGUGUC